GUCCAUCCAUCGCUACAACAGGCGCCAUGAACUCCGCGAUUCCCAAAAGCGAAGAUGGCGGCUGCGGCUCCCGUGUUGCCGUUGGAGCCAUGGCAGGGCGCGCUGACCGUUCUGGAGGAGUAUGCUCAGGCCAUGCGGAUGACGAGCUUCACUGACUGUGAAGAGGCGAUGACAACCCGUCCCGGCACGGCUCGGGAAGGCUCUGCGCUUGUGCAGUCGUUCCACCAACCGGUGGAACGACGAUGUGGAUCGACCGCCCCGACGCAGAUCUGCUUUCGACAUGCCUCACGCCUGGCGCAAGCGGCUCAAAGGCUUCCCCACAACGCGCCGGGCAGGUUGUUGCCUGGAGACGCGGCCGGGAGUGGCGGAGCGGAAAAACCCGCUGAGACCAAGGACUUGCCAAAUGCAUUACCCAAGAGUGCCCCGGCCAUGGUGCGGAACUUGUUGCGGAACCUGGAGCCGACCAUGCGCUGCGAGGCCUUAUUGGCACCGGAGCCCUUCAACAGCAGCGCGCAGAAGGGUGCGGUCCUGGUUGCGGCGGAGUCCUGGGCCUGCGAGUUGGGCGAGCUCCUGCAGAGUGCACCCGAGUGGACGGUGAGGCAGCAUGGGGAAUGGGCCCUUUGCAGCAGCCUCGAAAGGUUUUCGGCCUUCCUCCGUUGGCUGACGGGCAUCGCGACGAGGAGUUGCUCUGAGCUUAGCGGUGCUAGCGCCAGCACCAGCGCCCUGGAGGAGCACAGCCUGUGCCUCCGCUCCAUUGCACGCGUGGUCGCAAAGAUGUCCAGCUACAUGCAAGGAGCGCUGGGUGCGAUGGACCCCGCGCGCCCGUUGACCGGGCGGCUGGGACAAGUAGCGGAGGGCCUCGAAGAGGCAGCCGACGACCUCGCCCAGAAGGCCGCUCGUUUGUUGCAGAAAGGAAAGCACGGAAAAGCGGCCCCUGACACCUCGAAGAGUGUGACUGCCGGCGAACUUCGGGAGAGCCAGCGACGUUCGAUCCUGGGUCUUUUGGCUGGGCAUCCGAACUGGCAACUCCCACAUGAGGUGCAGAGACAAGAGAGUUUGCUGCAACACUUGCAGGAGCAACGAGAGGGCGGAAGCGGUGCUGCGCGCACCCAGGGAAUGCAAGACAGGCGCCCGCGCACCACGGUGCUGGCCUUUGGCGCGUCCCGUGCCCGAGCGGAAGCACAGGCGCAAGCGGACUUCGCGGAAUUGGAUCAGAACAAAGAUGGGGUGGUCUCCAUUGACGAGUGGCGCAGAGCACGGGUCCCCGCCCAAAGGUGAGGACGCUGGGACCGCCCCCGCGGCCGACGCGCGCGGACUCGGCUGG